CCCACUCUAUAUCAACAUUGACAAUCAACCCUGCACUCUUGACAAACAGGAAUAGCUGCUCAUCACAAGGUAAACCUUUAAACUUAAAGUGAAGGCUUGUUUUUUUGUCAAGGUAGUUGAUUUUAGGUUCGUGGUGUCUUGUGGUGUCAACGACUUCUUAUCGAACAUUUUUGUGUUUUACUUGAUGUUUGAGUGACUGUUCUGACAUAUUUCAGCCUCCUGUCUGCUUGCUCAGUGAAAGACGACAGUGACAGUGAAAGAGAAGCAGGCAAGAGAGAAACAUUGACUGGAUCCAUAAUCAAAGGACUAGCUUUUUACCUGGAACAUGAAGCUCAAGUCACUCUUCUCUCCGGUGAUGACUCUCCUGUGUUUGUUGAGCCUGCUGAUGUGGUACUUACUGGAAAGUGAUGUGGACCAGCACUUACCAGCCCCUCAGAGGAGAAGAGCCUCCAAGACCUUUGACCUCUGCAAAGAAUGCAAUAAUACGAUCAUAAAAGUAAUGCAGAAUUACUCCCAAGCCUGGAAGAAGCAGGAGGACAAUUUUAAAAAGUUCAGAUCUCAGCUGAGCAACAACAGCAGUGGUUUUGACAAUGCCAUCCUUACCCAGGCCAACACUCCAGUGGGAUCAAAGCUCGUUUAUAAUUGGGGAAAGAGCAGCCUCCAGGUGUCUCCGGAGGUUUUUAACACCUUUACAAAGGAGCAUCCUUUCUCAAAUAAAACAUGGGACACGUGUUCUGUUGUUGGGAACGGAGGAAUCCUGACUGACAGCAGCUGUGGAGAGAGAAUUGAUUCAGCUCAGUUUGUCAUGAGGUGCAACCUUCCUCCUUUGGGAAAUGGUUAUGAGAAGCAUGUCGGUGUCAAAACGGACCUUGUGACAGCGAACCCAAGCAUCCUCAAGGAGAAAUAUGAGUCUCUGAUGAAGCGUCGUCGUCCGUUUGUGGAAAGUCUGCAUAUUUACGACAACUCCUUGCUAGUCUUUCCCUUCUCUCGUGGAAACACUCCUGUAUGUCUGCGGGCCAUCUACAGUGUUGAGGACUUUGGAAGCCCCAUUAGGCCCGUCUUCCUUAACCCUGAGUACCAGAUAAGACUGGGUGCCUUCUGGAGUGUACAAGGCUUGGGAUCAGCGUUGAUGAGCACCGGGCUAGUUAUGACUAGCAUAGCUUUGGAGGUCUGUGAAAAUGUGCAUCUGUAUGGGUUCUGGCCCUUCGAUAAUCACCCCUAUGGACUCUACGACCUGACGCACCACUACUAUGAUGACAGAAAAGCUAAAAGGUUCCACGCCAUGCCCAAGGAGUUUGGGCUCCUGAUGCAGCUGCACAGAAAGGGGGUGCUCAAGCUUCAUCUGGGAGAUUGUCAACGGUUAUGACUAUGAGUUAUAAUUGUAUAUAAGUGUUAUUAUGUUGGUCUGCUUUGUGUUCGGUGUUUCGUUUGUGCGUCUGUCUUUGUGCUGUGUUUCAGGUGCCCAGCCCUGAUUGGAGAAACCCGGAUGGUUGCUAAUGUUUUCUGUAAAACAAUUAUGAUCCAAUCUUUUUAUUAACGCUUCAAGUGUUCAUCAGACACAUGUUCACACAAGAAUGCAUUCCUUUGAAUACUUCUAUAAACAUGUGGACUGGAGAGCUGUAGGGUUUUUGCACUAUUCCAACUCUGAUUUUUUUUAUACAACUAGUCUAUGUAUAACUGAUAUGUAACUCAGUUUUUGGUUUGACAUUAUUUUGGUUUGUUUGCAUACUAGUUAGAUAACAAUAUGUGUAAGUAAUCUAGUUAAGGUAAGAUAAAUCUGAGACUUGCUCAAGAAACGGUAAUUUCUCGUGCUUUAAUUUUGUAUUUUAGAACAUGUCAUGCUAAGGUUACCUUGCUUCCUUUUUGGUAUUUUGAAGCAACUUCCGGUUUUGAAUGUUGUUUAGGUAACUUAACUUCGAGAAAUGAACGUGAUGUAUAUAUUAAGAGAUGGUAAACAACAAAAAAGUUACGGUAAAAGGUGAAUGUUAAAGUUUUGCAGCCCCCCACCGGACAAUAAUCUCUUACGGUGGUUUUGAAUUAUGAGUGAGCUUUACAAUAAAGCAGAUAAAAAUCA